AUGGCGCAGAUGUAUCCCGACGACCACAAGAUUUCCGACCUGGUGGAGAAGGUUCCACCAGGCUGGUUUUCCUUCGAGUACUUCCCGCCGAAGACGCCAGAGGGUGUCGAGAAUCUCCGCAAGCGCAUCGUGAAGAUGAAGUCGUUGGGCCCCCUUUUCACCGACUUCACCUGGGGCGCGGGCGGCUCCACAUCAGAGCUGACUCUGAAGUUGACUUCCGCAGCUAAGAACGAGUUCGGCACGGUAGCCAACAUGCACCUGACCUGCACCAACCAAAGCUCGGAAAUGACGGGGAAUGCACUUCUGGAGUGCAAGCAGCACGGUGUCCGCAACAUCGUUGCCCUCCGCGGCGACCCACCUCGUGGUCAGGAGAAGUGGACGGCUACAGAAGGUGGUUUCUCAAGCGCGUUGGACCUCGUAAAGUUCAUCCGCCAAAACCAUGGCGAUUAUUUCUCCGUGUCUGUGGCUGGCUAUCCGGAGGGCCAUCCUGAUAACAUCGAGGUGGUCGAAGGUGGUGUGGCUGCUUUGACUGCCUCGGAGAAGCGCCGCGCCCGCGUCGUAGCAGAUGCUCAGGGAAAGGAGGUGGUCACGGUGUGCCGAGAUGCAAACUUCCACAAGGAGAUGGUCUAUCUCAAGGAGAAAGUGGAUGCGGGCUCCCACUUCGUCAUCACGCAGAUGUUUCUCGAUGCCCAAGUUUUCUUGGACUUUGUCGAUGAGUGCCGCAAGUACGACAUCAAGGUGCCCAUCGUCCCUGGUAUCAUGUGCCUCAACGGUUUCGGCGGCCUCAAGCGCAUGACCGAGCUCUGCAAGACCCGCCUGCCCGAAGGGCUCCUGGAGCGUGCGGAGAAGGCAAACACCUCGGACGAGGCUUUCAAGGAGUUCGGCAUCCGCGAAGGCGUGGCCAUGUGCCAGAAACUCCUGGACGGUGGUGCCCCGGGCCUGCAUUUCUACACCUUGAACCUGGAGAAGGUGGUGGUUGGCAUCCUCAAGGGCCUGGGAAAGAUCAGCGACGCCCAGGCUGCUGCCUUCCAGUCCGUCGAGGCAGAUGCGAAGUUCAUGGUCUCUGCACAGGGCAUCACCACCGGAACGCAGGUCUCCAACAGGCCAACUCUCCCGGGCAACAAGCCGCUGAAGGAGGCGGAUCCCGUGAUGUUCGACCUCGUCCAGCAGGAGAAGGCCAGGCAGACGCGCUGCAUCGAGCUCAUCGCGUCAGAGAACUUCACUUCCCGAGCCGUCAUGGAGUGCCUGGGUUCAGCCCUCACGAACAAGUAUUCUGAGGGCCAACCUGGAAACCGUUACUAUGGCGGCAACGAGGUGAUCGACAAGGUGGAGAACCUUUGCAAGGAUCGCGCCUUGAAGGCAUUCGGCUUGGACGAGAAAGCAUGGGGCGUCAACGUCCAGCCAUACUCUGGCAGCCCGGCGAACUUCGCCGUGUACACAGCCCUGCUGCCGCCACAUGCCAGGGUCAUGGGCCUGGACCUGCCAUCCGGGGGGCACUUGACCCACGGCUACUACACGGCCAAGAAGAAGAUCUCCGCCACCUCCAUCUACUUCGAGUCCCUGCCCUACCGGGUGCACCCCGAGACGGGGUUGAUUGACUUCGAUGAGCUGCGAAAGACGGCGCUGGUAUUCCGCCCGGCGAUGAUCUUGUGCGGUGCCUCUGCCUACCCUCGUAUCAUCGACUUCGGUAAGUUCAAAGAGAUCGCCGACGAGGUGGGUGCGAUUCUGAUGGCCGACAUUGCUCACAUCUCGGGCCUCGUUGCGACAGGAGAACAUCCGUCUCCUUUCGAGCACUGCGACAUCGUGACCACCACCACCCACAAGUCUUUGCGCGGGCCACGAGCUGGCAUGAUCUUCUUCAAGUACACGGACAAGAUCCCGGACAUCAAGGAGCGCAUCGACAUGGCAGUGUUCCCAGCUUUGCAGGGCGGGCCUCACAACCAUCAGAUCGGUGCCCUGGCUGCUCAGCUGCUAGAGGUUGACAGCCCCAUGUUCAAGGAGUAUGCCAAGCAGGUCAAAGCCAACGCCAAGGCCUUGGCCGACACCCUGAUGAGCAAGGGGCACAAGCUUGCUAGCGACGGCACAGACAAUCACUUGCUGCUCUGGGACCUGCGACCCCACGGCCUCACGGGCUCCAAGGUGGAGAAGAUUUGUGAGGCAGCGUCCAUCACCCUGAACCGAAACGCUGUACACGGCGACGCUUCGGCUCUCUCACCGGGAGGAGUUCGUGUGGGAGCUCCUGCUAUGACCACUCGCGGCUGCACUGAGCAGGACUUCAAGACCAUCGGUACUUUCCUGGACCGAUGCUGUCAGCUGGCGCUGAAGAUCCAAGCCGAGAAGGGCAAGAAGUUGAAAGACUUCGAGGCAGCCAUUCCGAGCAACCCGGAUGUUGCCGCGCUGAAGAAGGAGGUGGAGGAGUGGGCCAGCAAGUUCGGCUACCCGGGUCUCUAG